AAGCCAUGGCGUCUCCCUCCUUUGUCUUUCCCGUCCCCGGACCGCAGAAAACAUGAGAUUCGGCCAGCUCUUCUGCCGUCCUCUAUGCCACUCCCGCCGCGCCUUUGUUUGACUCCGGUCCAUAUACUUGACGCCCCGUCCCUCACGCGCGUGUGGAUUCAAGGGACCUCAGCAGCUUCGUGGUUAAUAACUGAGCAGUACCCCAUCUGAGCGGUAUUGUCCAUCCGCCAAGCCGACGAAAGCCGACGAAGAUGGCCUCCUCUCGCUCCUUGCUGCUGCCCAUCGGGCUCGUGCUCUCUCUGCUGUUCAUCGAUGCCGCCAUCUCCCUCAGUCUGGUGUCGUCCAUGGUCGCUUUUCUUCAUACCUACGGCGGCGGUCCCUUUCCGAUCGAAGGCCCGUUCGAGUCGACCUUCCUGCUUGCUGGAGAGCCAGCGCACCUGGUUGUCAACCAGGGCCACACAACCAACGGUGCUAAUGGGACAGUCCUCGUCCUCGUCGGAUUUGGGGGCUGUAUUGCGCUCUGGCUAGAGAGGCGGUCGCGCAGGAAGUACGAUAGAUCAUCCCCGGCCUUCUACGUCUGGGCCCUGAUCGUCUUUCUCAGCUGCCUGCUCACCCUGACGGCCCUCAUCUACACCUUCGUCGAGACGUCCAAGACGGGCUCCCAGGAGAUCGACUACAGUGUGGCUCGCGCGACUCCCGCGCCGGCGCAUUAUCCCAACGACCGGUGGACGCCAGAGAACUGGUAUGCCGCAGUCUUGGAACUGCCGCUGGUCAGCGACGACGACCGGCGGGUCAUCCAGCACAAUCUGACCCUCAUGAGAGGCUGGCGGUGGAAUCUGAUUCCCAUGUUCCUGCUCGGCUUUGCAUUGCUAAGUCUAGUCGUGCUGGAACUGCUGCGGCUGCGGAGGAGGAGCACGCAGAAGGUGCCGAUGGAGGAAGUGCUCGCCUGAAUGCACAAGUAAGCAUUGUUUGCCGGUGUACGACAGCACUGCUGCGCAUGGAUAUGCACGCAAGGUUGGGACGGCCAGGUGUCUGCACAGAGCAUUGGUGGUUUCGGCAGCUUCCUCAGCCUUGAAGGGUACAAAUUACAAGGUCGCCAACACUGAGUCAGGGCUUGCAAAUACGACUCCUGCACAUGAU